AUGGGUUACGAUGUGGACAACAUUAUUGAGCGUCUUCUAGAAAUCAGGGGGCGACACGGUCGUCAGGUAAACCUCGCAGAGGAUGAAAUAAAAUGGUUGUGUAUGGAGACGCGCCGAAUUCUACUCGAACAACCGAUGCUUCUCGAGAUCGAAGCCCCCGUCAAGAUUUGCGGCGAUAUCCACGGACAGUACCAGGAUCUACUGCGACUCUUCGACUAUGGAGGCUAUCCUCCCGAGGCGAACUAUCUCUUUCUUGGAGACUAUGUGGACCGCGGCAAACAGUCCUUGGAAACCAUAUGUUUGCUUAUGGCGUACAAGAUUCGUUACCCGUGCAACUUUUUUAUUUUGCGCGGCAACCACGAGUCGGCAAGCAUCAAUCGAAUUUAUGGCUUUUACGACGAGUGCCGGCGAAGAUACAACGUGAAGCUCUGGAAAACUUUUUGUGAUAUGUUCAACUGCCUGCCUGUAGCUGCCAUUGUGGAUGAAAAGAUUUUCUGUUGUCAUGGUGGUCUCUCGCCAGAACUCACUUCGAUGAAUCAAAUUCGGCAACUUCCACGUCCGACGGACGUGCCCGACCAAGGCCUCCUCUGUGAUCUUUUAUGGAGUGAUCCGGAUAAGGAUGUGAAAGGCUGGGGCGAAAACGAUCGAGGAGUUAGUUUCACCUUCGGACCAGACGUUGUGAAACGUUUCCUCGAAAAAUUUGAGCUCGAUCUCAUCUGUCGCGCCCAUCAGGUCGUUGAGGAUGGAUAUGAAUUCUUCUGUGACCGCCGCCUUGUUACAAUUUUCUCGGCUCCAAACUACUGCGGAGAAUUUGAUAACGCUGGCGCGAUGAUGAGCGUAGAUGAAACGCUCAUGUGUAGUUUUCAGAUUCUCAAGCCGACGGAUAAGAAAGCCAAAUUCGGCAUCUCUGUUGGUUCAGCUGUGAAUAAUGUGGUGUCAACGUAUACUGGAGGCGGCAUACCGCGCUCCAUCACGCCACCGCGAAUACCGACGCGCAAGAAAAAAUGA